AUGUCUGGGUCUUCCUUGACAUCUUCGGUAUUCGUGACUAAAGCCUGCAUCGUGUGGCUCUGUGCGCAGCGUCCCGUCGCUUUGGCGCCAUAUCCUGUCGGCUCUCGCGACCUGGAGCUUGCUAAAAUUGACCGCAACGCUGAAACCAAACUUUCGGCAACGCGGUUGCUCCCGUCGCCCUUCGAAACUUCGGUCGUACAACACGGCCGCAUUGGCCCAUCGAAUCGAUCUGACAAUAACACGAUGCAAUUUGGCAAUCUGAUCUGUGACCCAGUGUUGUGGUUCGAAAAGUACGAUAAACUCGCGCCUCGGCGAUCGCGGAGAUUCCCACCUGCACUGCACUGCAUAUCGAAAAAAUCUGGUCCUUUGCUAAAAUCCCUUAUCAACAGCAGCAACUUGGUUUUCACCAAGAGAAAUCUUCUGCUGUGGAUAGGCGUCACUUUUGGCUGGAUCCUCGACGCUUGUCGCGUCACAAAACCUGCCAACCUCCUGAUUGAUUUCUGCACAUCUGACUUCGUCACUCGCUUUGACCUUGAAGAACAGGACUCAUCCUUGUUCGUCGCAAGAGAGUUGUCUCGCGCUUUUGACCUGAGACAAUCCGGUCAAUUUGGAACUCGUCAGGAACCUGUUUAUCAAACCAGGCGCCCGACUGUCGGGACGCCCUUCUCCUUGAUCGAGCCGCACCCCGCUGACGAUGCUUUUGGGCGAUGCGCUAUAUCUCAUUUUGCGACUGAAUCCGAAAUCACAUCUCACGAACAUGAAUGCGAUGACUUCACCCACUUUGUGCCCAUUCGUAAUCCACCCCACGAGCACAUGAUGCCUCGACCCAGUGUUUUCAUCAUUUUGCAGAUUCUCAACCUGAUGCGCCCGUCCACGGCCUGGAUCGCUCUGGUUCUGCACGAAACCCACGAUCGCAAUCUACCCAGUGCGGCCGGUCCAAACAAGGGUCGGGAGCUAGGCAAGAGAUGGUAUUCCACAUGCGAAUGGACUGUUCACAAGGUGAAUGAAGAAUCCGAUUUUCAAAAGGCGGCCAGCCAGAAAGGUGUCGUCGAUAACGAUCGCGUUUGGUGUUACUGUACUAUUUGGACGUUUGCCGAGCCUGCCUGCAUUGGGCGCCUUUGGCCAGCCAUCGCGCGCAUGCGCUGGGGAACCCAGCAGCUUGGUGCAACCAAAAACCGACAGCGUGUCACGAAAUCGUCAGAACCCAUCAGCGAUCCAGCAAUCAAGAUCUCGGACAAUCGAUCGCUGCCGAGACAAGCAUCUCUUCAGGCCCGUGAGGCGUCGAUGGCGUGUACUUGUUGCUGGAAAGCCUUUGAGCAUCCAGUGGACAAGUGGAAUAGGCGGCGGGGUCUAGGCAUCUCGCCAGAUGCAGCCAUCAGCGAAGCUGGGCAGGCCCCGGGGAAGGCAUCCGACCAUCUGACUGGCAUGUCAUCUGCAGGUGAUUUCAACUGA